CGAGGGCAGUAACUUGCAGGCAAUUCCUAACCGAUAAUUAUAUAAUCGACACAGGCCAGGGAAAUGACUAUGGAUUAAAUAGUCCGAGAUACUUACACACUUAUACAUGAACUCAUCCACUAGCUAGUACUAGCUAGUACGUGCUUAUCCUCUCCUGAAUACACCCUGAGCAAGCAAGUCAAGCGAGACGAUGCUGCGCGCCGAGCUGCAAGAGGAAGAGUUCCAGGAAGCAGACAUCCUAUGGCCGGAUGCGGCAGAUUUGGAGAAGUUACUACCCCGGGCGUAUUUCUCUCACAUCGGAAUCGACGACGACGACGGCGGCAGUGGCGAGUACUCCGGCGACCACCAGCCGCCGAAAGUUUCUUCCCCCAUCGACAUCCCGGCCGGUAGGAAGGCCGUCGGUGCAAGAGGCCCCCAAGUACCGGGUCGGUACAGCAAGUUCGGCGCGAGCCACGCCGGCGUGGGUGCCGCUAGCGUCGUCGUCGGCAGCCAUGUCUUCGUGCCGCCGCACGUCAUCGUCGACCGGAGGGCCAAGAGGGACAAGGCGAUGAUGAUGCUCGUCGGGCCCAGCCGGAGGGCCGCCAGGGCGAGGAAGAUGCGCGAGUAGUGCCGCAAAUUUUGUCGGAAAUAAUAAUGCUCUCUCGUUUCACUUGUUGGAGGAGCAGUUUUGAGUUGGUAGGUUUUUGCAUGUGUGAAGAAUUGACGUGACGCGAGUGAGAGUAUCGAGGGAUAGCAAGCUCAUGUAAUUUGUUCUUGAGCAUGGUCACGUUUGUUUUGUUUUAA